AUGUGGAAGAGCCUCAUAACCACCGGCCAGCAGGCUACCAGGCGCACUCGCCCCCACCAAAAUUCUGGCCUUUGGACACCUCCGCUAGCCCCAGCAACACGAGGCACAUUCAGCACAACAUCACAAUGCCAGAAGACCGCCAAUAACGCUGAAUCAUCCUUAAAAGACCGCGAGAAGCUGAACCCCGAUCGAUCAGAGGGCACCAAGUCUGGAACCGAUAGCGAAGUUGCCCAACAUCCGUCGGCCUAUGACCCGCACAAUACUGCACCUGAAAGCGAGUUGGAGGCUGUGGGGAAAGAAAAGCAGAGCCAAGGCGUGGAUGGCAACCCUUUGAACAUGAGCCCUGCCAAUUCUGACGUUAGCGCGUGGCGAGAGCCGACAGAGGGGGGACCUGAUCGAAAUGUUGAGAAGGAGUCUACCAGUAUGAAAGGAGCACCAAAGAAGAGACGAUCGAUACAUGUCAAAGAAGAUGGAACUCAUGUCUCUUAUCGAGACUGA